AUGGCGUCAUCUUCACUAAUCUAUGAAACCGAACCAUGGAAGGAUUUGAGGGCACAUGUUGCGGACAUUAAGAAGAUCCAUUUGCGUGACUUGAUGUCUGACACCGAGCGAUGCAAGUCUAUGAUGGUCGAAUUUGAUGGGAUUUUGUUGGACUAUUCAAGGCAACGUGCCAAUCUUGACACCUUGAAUAAGCUCCACAGUUUAGCAGAGGGAGCUCAUCUCAAAGAAAAGAUUAACCGGAUGUUCAAUGGAGAACGAAUAAAUAUUACAGAAAACAGGUCUGUCCUUCACAUUGCACUCCGUGCUCCACGGGAUUCAGUUAUAAAUAGUGAUGGGAAAAAUGUGGUCCCAGAUGUUUGGCAAGUCCUAGAUAAGAUCCGAGAUUUUUCUGAGAGGGUUCGCAGUGGUGCCUGGGUUGGAGCCACUGGAAAAGUGUUGAAAGAUGUAAUUGCUAUAGGAAUUGGUGGCAGUUUCUUAGGACCUCUGUUUGUGCAUACGGCUCUUCAAUCAGAUCCAGAAGCUAUUGAAUUUGCACGUGGUCGUCAACUGCGUUUCCUUGCAAAUGUCGACCCAAUAGAUGUUGCAAGAAAUAUUGCAGGCUUGAAUCCUGAAACCACUCUAGUUGUUGUGGUUUCAAAAACUUUCACUACAGCUGAGACCAUGUUAAAUGCUAGGACACUGAGGGAAUGGAUAUCAGCUGCCUUGGGCCUUGCAAAUGUCGACCCAAUAGAUGUUGCAAGAAAUAUUGCAGGCUUGAAUCCUGAAACCACUCUAGUUGUUGUGGUUUCAAAAACUUUCACUACAGCUGAGACCAUGUUAAAUGCUAGGACACUGAGGGAAUGGAUAUCAGCUGCCUUGGGGCCUCAAGCGGUGGCAAAGCAUAUGGUUGCUGUCAGUACUAAUCUCACGCUUGUGGAGAAGUUUGGCAUUGAUCCAAAUAAUGCUUUUGCAUUCUGGGACUGGGUGGGAGGCCGCUAUAGUGUUUGCAGUGCUGUUGGAGUACUGCCUCUUUCUCUGCAAUAUGGGUUUUCGGUCGUGGAGAAGUUCCUAAAGGGCGCUUCAAGUAUUGAUCAACAUUUCUAUUCAGCACCUUUUGAGAAGAAUUUACCAGUGCUAUUAGGUUUGUUGAGUGUUUGGAACGUAUCGUUCCUCGGAUAUCCUGCAAGAGCCAUUUUACCUUAUUCUCAAGCACUGGAGAAAUUUGCACCCCAUAUUCAGCAGGUUAGUAUGGAGAGUAAUGGAAAAGGGGUAUCAAUCGAUGGCGUGCCUCUUCCCUAUGAGACAGGGGAAAUUGAUUUUGGUGAACCAGGAACAAAUGGUCAACACAGCUUUUACCAAUUAAUUCACCAGGGACGUGUCAUACCUUGUGAUUUUAUUGGUGUGGUUAAGAGUCAGCAACCGGUUUACCUGAAGGGUGAAAUGGUUAGUAACCAUGAUGAACUAAUGUCGAACUUCUUUGCACAGCCAGAUGCCCUCGCUUAUGGGAAGACUGCAGAACAGCUGCUAAAAGAAAAUGUUCCUCAGCCUCUUAUUCCACAUAAGACUUUCUCUGGAAAUCGACCUUCUCUCAGCCUUCUACUGCCUACGUUGAAUGCUUACAACAUUGGACAGUUACUGGCAAUUUAUGAACACAGAAUUGCUGUGGAAGGCUUUUUAUGGGGUAUCAAUUCUUUUGAUCAGUGGGGAGUGGAAUUGGGGAAGUCACUGGCUACUCAAGUUAGAAAGCAACUUCAUGCAUCUCGUAAGAAAGGUGAACCAAUUGAAGGCUUCAAUUUCAGUACUACAACAACGUUAAAAAGAUAUCUAGAGGAAAGUGCUGAUGUCCCCAAGGAAGAUUGCACUAUUCUACCAAAGAUAUAA